GGGGUCAAAUUGUAAAAGUUUAAUAUGAGGAGGGGCAAAUGGAAAAGUCACACUAAAAGGUAAUGAGAGGGUACACUAAAAGCCUUUCAGUGAGCAAAAUUGCUUCUCUCUGCUUCUCUCUGCUUCUCUCUCUACCAUGCAAAGGCAAUCUCUAGGCUCACCGGUUUCCAAGCUCCACGGCCAUGGCGCCGGAGCAAAGUCCGAUGAGGAUCCGGCCGACGAUCAAAAGCGCAAGAAGCACUCUCCAUCUUCUUCCUCAAUUCUUAACUACGGCGGACAAGACGACGAUAAAUCCUCUAAAUCUUUCCGAUUCUCAUUUCCAUCGCCUUCUCCUCCGCGCCAAGAGAAGUUAGUUCACGCCAUACCUAUUCUCACCAUUAUCUGCUUCCUCAUCCUUUACAUCUUCUCGCACAGUCCUUCGCAGUCAGAUUUGGCGCAGUUUCACGGAUUCAAGCGUCCUUCACAACAAUUAGAAAUCAAAGCCGAUGAUGGACACGAACUUAUUCUACCCAAGAAAGGCAACAUUCUAGCGAUUCAAAGUUUCCGUAACCUAAAAGAGAUUGAAAAAUCACACUCUCUUAAAUCUCGCCCUCCGCGGAAACUUGCCGAUUUCUAAACUCUGCAUUUCCCUCUAUCUGACCUUCCGGUAAACUCUCACGGACUUCAUUUCCACCGUGCGGAUUCAGCUGGCGCGUGUGCAUCCAUAACUUUUUUUUUUUUCCUAAAUCUUCUGUACAUCAAAUAAUCCGUCAGAUUAAAUUGUUCUUUUGUUCCUUUCUUCUUUUGCUUUUACUAUAUUUUUUGUUCGCCUCUGCAUACGCCGGCGGCGCUUAUGUAACUUCCGACGAGAUACUCUCAAUUUAAUCUAAACAAAGAAUGAGCAAAAUUAUUAUCAUUA